GAAGAAUCAAUUGCUUGUCACGAAUGUCUGGUUAAAAUUGGAGUGGAACGAUAUGAAUCUACGUUGGAAUACAUCCGAUUAUGGUGGCGUUAAAGAUUUACGCAUACCGCCGCAUCGGAUAUGGAAACCGGAUGUGCUGAUGUACAACAGCGCUGACGAGGGUUUCGAUGGCACAUAUCAAACGAAUGUGGUGGUGCGCAAUAACGGUUCGUGUUUAUAUGUGCCGCCGGGUAUUUUCAAGUCUACAUGCAAAAUCGACAUCACUUGGUUUCCGUUCGAUGACCAACGUUGCGAAAUGAAAUUCGGCAGUUGGACAUACGAUGGAUUUCAGCUGGACUUGCAAUUACAAGAUGAAACUGGCGGUGAUAUCAGCAGUUACGUGCUCAACGGCGAGUGGGAACUAUUGGGUGUUCCCGGCAAACGAAACGAGAUCUACUACAAUUGCUGCCCGGAACCAUAUAUUGAUAUCACAUUUGCCAUCAUUAUUCGUCGUCGCACAUUAUAUUAUUUUUUUAAUUUGAUCAUUCCUUGCGUUUUAAUCGCUUCGAUGGCGCUCUUGGGCUUUACGCUGCCACCGGAUUCGGGAGAAAAGUUAUCAUUGGGUGUUACUAUUCUACUUUCGCUCACUGUCUUCCUCAAUAUGGUAGCUGAAACAAUGCCAGCCACAUCUGAUGCCGUACCACUCUUAGGUACAUAUUUCAAUUGCAUAAUGUUUAUGGUAGCUUCAUCCGUUGUGUCAACGAUUUUAAUAUUAAAUUAUCAUCAUCGAAAUGCUGAUACGCACGAAAUGUCCGAAUGGAUCCGCAUCGUAUUUUUAUGUUGGCUGCCAUGGAUUCUACGCAUGAGUCGUCCUGGUAGGCCACUAAUAUUGGAAUUUCCAACGACACCCUGCUCGGACACAUCAUCGGAACGGAAACAUCAGAUAUUGUCCGAUGUCGAACUGAAGGAGCGCUCUUCGAAAUCCUUACUCGCUAAUGUGCUCGACAUCGAUGAUGAUUUCCGACACAAUUGUCGCCCAAUGACGCCCGGUGGCACUUUACCGCACAACCCCGCAUUCUAUCGCACCGUUUAUGGGCAAGGCGAUGACGGCAGCAUCGGUCCGAUCGGCAGUACCCGCAUGCCGGAUGCGGUGACGCAUCACACGUGUAUCAAAUCAGCAACGGAAUAUGAACUAGGUUUAAUUUUGAAGGAAAUUCGCUUUAUAACUGAUCAGCUACGUAAAGAAGACGAGGAAAAUGACAUUGCCAAUGAUUGGAAAUUCGCAGCUAUGGUCGUUGACAGACUGUGCCUUAUCAUAUUCACAAUGUUCACAAUAUUAGCCACAAUAGCUGUACUACUAUCAGCACCACAUAUUAUUGUCUCGUAGCCAUAUGAGCGAGGUUAUUGUUAUUGGUUUUAUUAUAAAAUCAAUUUGUUAAUUAUUAA